AUGUCAGAGGACGAACCGGCUGUUAUUAAUCAUCCAUUAUCUUGUUAUAAAAGCAGGAUAUUUGACUAUACUGUAAAAUUAAAUGAAAUUUUAAAUCAAGAAGAAUUAUCUUCUAAUAAAACGGGAUUAACUAAAGAAUUUGAAAGUUGUAGGGUAUCAUGUAUUUCAGAAUUGGAAAGAAAUAGUCCAAUCAGUGAUAAUAAUGAAACAGAAUUAACAGAAGAUUUUGGAAGCUACAAAGUUACUGAUAAAUAUUAUAAUAAAACAGAAUUAACUGAAGACAUGGAAAGCUGUUUAAUUGAAAAAAUUUAUAAUAAAACAGGAGUAACUGAAGAUAUGGAAAGCUGCCUGAUUGUUGAAAAAAAUUAUAAUAAAACAGGAUUAACUGAAAACUUGGAAAACUGCUUAAUUUCUAAUUCAAAAAUAAAUGAAAGUGAUUCAAAAAAUGUUAAUAAACGACCAAUUGCAUUAGAAGAAUUAUCUACAGAAUCAUAUAACAAAAAAACUAAAAUUGAAUCUAAUAAUAAUUUGUAUGAAAAAGAUUAG